AAACCUUUUGAAAGGGCCGCGUUUCCCUGGCGGGCCCGAGAAGGCUCGGAGCCGGGGAGGAGGGCGGCUUCGAGCCGUAUGGAGGAAGCGGGGAAAAGAAAAGCGAAAGGGCCUAGGUUUUUUUUUUUUUUAAUGUCGCGGAUGAGCGGAGGCGGCCCUCCGUUCUGCCCCUUCCCCAGCCCUCUCAACCAGCCUUCCUCCUGCUGGCAUGACAAGCAAGAAAUCCAGCUUCACCUAUUGAGUGUCUGCCUGGAUCCUUGGCACUCCAAGUGACUUUUUACAUUCAGUCCGAUGCCAUGGGGCUUCCUGGCAGGUCCUGAUCACUGUCCUGGUUGCGGCAGCCUUUCUUUGCUGGACUGGGAUAAAUGGAGACAGGAGGCAAGAUGUUGCUUUUCUUUCGGAAAAGGAAGGCGAGCAGCGAAGCCCGGAAACGGCUGGAAUACCAAAUGUGUCUUGCCAAAGAAGCCGGAGCAGAUGAUAUCCUCGAUGUCUCCAAGUGUGAACUUUCUGAGCUUCCCUAUGGUGCCUUUGCCACUUGCAGAGUGCUGCAGAAGAAGGUGCUGAUCGUUCACACGAAUUUUUUGACAUCCCUCGUCCCGAAAUCCUGCAGCCUCUCUAAUCUUGUAACCGUAAAGGUUUUAGACCUCCAUGACAACCAGCUGACCUCCCUUCCCGCCGAUAUCGGCCAGUUGACUUCUCUUCAGGUUUUGAAUGUGGAAAAGAAUAUUUUAAAAGCUCUUCCGGACUCGAUCGGGGAUCUCGCUCAGCUUCAGACGCUGAAUUUGAAAGGGAACAAGCUCAAGAAAUUGCCCUCCACUUUGGAAGGCCUGCGGAGUUUGCGAACGUUGGACAUCAGCGAAAAUUCGGUGCAGGAGUUGCCGCAGAGCCUGGCUCACAUCCGAACCUUGGAGACUUUGUCCCUGGACGCCACAGAAAUGGUUUACCCCCCAAAUGAGGUCUGCAGCGCCGGUACCGAGGCCAUCCAGAGGUUCCUCUGUGAAAAAGUGGGCGUAGAAUACAACUCUCCCUCUCAGUAUUUACUCCCAGUUUUGGAAAGCGACGGAGGGGAGAUAUCGGCAGAUGGCAUCCGGAGGACAGCUGGCAAAUACAUGGAAGAGGAAGCCGAGUGGCAAAACAGGUUUCUAGACUACGAGAAGCGAAAGGAGCAGAAGAUGCGGGAGAAGCUGGCAUUCGAGCGUGGGCUGGACCUGGAGCAGAGAGAACAAGUCCAACUCAUGCACCAAAGUCACAUCCAGAAAGGAGAAUUUCUCCAAAGCAUGAAGGAAGAGCAGAUGAAACUGGACGAAGGCCUGUCCCGCCAUCAGGAGCGCCUGGGAGCCGAGCGCCUGAAGUUGCUCGAGCAGCUGAAACAGAUGGAGCAGGGGGUGGCCGGCAGAAUCCAGAAGCUGCUGAAAGCUAAUCAAAGGCAGAAACAGAGUUCCGAGAUCUUAAAAUCCCUUGAAAAUGACCGGAUCCGGAUGGAGCAGUUGAUGGCCAUCACUCAAGAAGAAACGGAACAACUGAGGAGGAAAGAAGUAGCCACGGCCAUGGAACAGAUGUUGUCCGAGACCUACAAGAACAAAUUACUUCAGGGAGCCUACGAAUCUCGCCGGCAGGACCUCGUCAACCAGACGUGCUCUAGCCUUGCCAAGAUGGAUGAGAAGUUCCAGCAGAUCCUGGCUUGGCAGCAGCUGGACCAAAACAAAGCCAUCAGCCAGAUCCUGCAGGAGAGCGAGAUGCAGAAGGCAGCUUUUGAAGCCCUCCAGGUGAAGCGAGACCGCAUGCACUGCCAGAUCAGAAAUCAGAUUAAGUUAAUAGAGAGAGAGUUACUACAGCUCACCCACUUGGAGUUAAAGAGGCAGCAGCUGGACACAGAGGCUCUGCAGGAAGCAAUCGGAGAGCAACGGCAAACGCUGACUAACCUGUUGCAGCAGCUGCUGAAGGAGAAAAAGGAGCGAGAAGAAGAGCUGAAAGCCAUCCUGAAAGAACUGGAGGCCAAGAGCGAGACGAAGCAGGAGAACUACUGGCUGAUCCAGUACCAACGGCUGCUAAACCAGAAACCUCUCUCCCUCCGCUUGCAGGAAGAAGGUCUGGAGAAGCAGCUAGUGAAACUGAUGACCGACCUCUCGGCCGAGCAUUACCUGCCCAUCUUCGCCCAUCACCGGAUAUCGCUGGAAAUGCUCAGCAACAUGGUCCCUGGCGACCUAGCUGAGAUCAGAAUAAUGGAAUCUGGCUUGCAGCACGCCAUCAUCCAGAAAGCCCGGGAGAUACAGGCUGUAGCAGAAACGAUACCAGAACAGCUGGAGCCUCAGGAAAAAACGAGACCUUCCGCGCCGGAGUUUAGAGAAGAGUCGACCAAUCCUGAAAUCCCGUCGGCUCCAUCGGCAGAAGAACAUCAUUGCGAGUGUGUAGUGUGUAUGGAGCUAGAGGCCCAAGUCGUGUUCCUGAACUGCGGCCACGUCUGCUGCUGCCAGAGCUGCUCCGAUGCCUUGCACAUCUGUCCGCUCUGCCGACGAAUCGCGCAACGGAUCCGGCUUUUCCACAGCGGCUAGCCCACUCGUGGAUGGGAAAGGGAAAGGGGGUGUGGUUUCUUUCUCCCCCCUCCUGGGAGAGAAACCUAGGGGGUGGGCGGAAACACACACACACACACCCCUUUGGCAUCUCAGCCUUCCUCAUUUCUGGUUUUGCACAUCUUGUUUACUCAAAGCUUUAGUCAAAGUCAAAGCUGCUUGCUCGGAGUGUCUGUCUUGUGUUUCCGAGCAGUCCCCACCGGUAAUUGCGCACACCGGACGAUGGGGGCAGGAAGGAAGUGCGCGCCACGCCUUUGCACUAAAUAAUGUAUGCUGGUUGGAUUUUUUUGCUCGCUGUUCGUGUCCACUGUCCAGGAGUGUAAAUUAAUUCCAAACGUCCAGGCAAUUGGGGAAUAACUGAAGGACGCCCAAAACUCUUGGUUUGCUUCCUUGAAAACAUUUCGCUUCUCAUCUCAAGAAGCGAAUUCUUCAGAUUCUUGGAUGAGAAGCCAAAUGUUUCAAGGAAAGACAAAAGGAACAAAAGUCCAGUCCGCUUUUGGAAAAGCACCUUGGCAUUGGAUGAUGGAGAAUCUCCGUACGCAAUUGUGGGGGGACUUGGCAUUUAACCCCUUGGAGGAAUUUAGGGGAAGGGUUGGUGACGGGAUCAUCCUCGUGGGCAAAAAAAAAAAAAAAGUGUGUCG